AUGCACGAAAUAGAAGUGUCAGAAGAAACUUUGCCGCCCUUGGAUUUUGUGACAGAAGAACCAUUGAACGGGAUACCACCUAUCAACGAUACUGGGAACAUUUUCAUAAGAUAUCUCACACAUCCUCCCGAGAUUACGAUUCGGCCACGCAACCUUCAAGUGCGCGCAAACGGAAUUGCCGCAUUCUACUGCGCCGCCCGAGGUGACCCCGUACCCAACAUAUUGUGGCGAAAGAACGGAAAAAAAGUAUCGAGCAUGCAAUCCCGUUACUUGGUGUCUGGGAUGGAGACAGCAGCCGGUCCUAAUGCUAACGGUGCUGUACUACGUAUUGAACCAGUGAGGGCUCAACGAGAUGAUGCUACAUACGAGUGUGUCGCGGAGAAUGGAGUAGGGGAUGCUGUGACCGCUGUGGCGACACUCACCGUCUUUGAAGCUGACAAGGUGCCACCAGGGUUUCCUAGUAUCACGCCACCCCCUACAACCAUGGUAGUAGAAGUCGGUCACACGGCCACCUUGCCGUGUCAGGCUAACGGCAGCCCAUCACCGCGAGUGAGAUGGCUAUGGAAUUCUCUCCCACUGGAUGUAGCCUCCAAUCCCAGAUACGCGCUAUUGAAUGAUAAAAUGCACGGUACUCUACAAAUAGUCAAGAGCGAGGAAGAGGAUCAGGGCAAGUUUGAAUGUGUCGCCGAAAAUGCCAUUGGGACUGAGUUCUCCAAACCGACCUCCUUGUACGUUAAAGGUGAGAUAAUCAUUAUAAUAUACAUCAUAUCUGACCACUAA